UAGUCAUCUUUCGAGAAUUGUUUACUGGUGUUUAGACAAAAAUCUAGAUUGAAUUAUAACAAAAUAGCUACAGUGUGGUUACAGAUAAUCUGCAUAAUACAUGUUAACCAUGCAGUCUCCGAGCAGUGAUGUUGUUAAAGUAGCCAUCCAAUCCAACAACAAUGCGAUUUUAUUUAAGUUGGCCCAAGAUCAACCUUUGGAAAUAGUGAUCCAAGAAGUUUGUGAACAGAGUCAAGUGACUUUUGAGAAAAACAAGUUUGCUCUUCAACUCUUGUCUCAAGUAAGUGACAAUGACUCGUUUACUUACAUAACCGAGUUCAAUCGCUACAUGAUCAAGAACGGACACGAGCUUAAGUUAGUAUAUAGCGCACCACUUUUGGCUAAAAUGAUCCGAGAAAAACUCGACUCUAAUUCUUCAAUAGAAAAUUUGCACUGGGCUUUGAAAAAAGCCGCUAUUUGUAGCGCUGAUCCAACAUUUUGCAAAGAGUUUUUCCCUCUAGGAUACUCCGCUCUAAGGAAACUUUUGAACGAAUCUGUUCUUACAAAGGAUUUGUUCAGUAAAGCACUCCAAGUGAUUCUGAACCUUAUAAAGAAUAAUUUCUUAAAAGCCUUAGAUAAGGAAUUUCUUUUACAAUUGAAAGACAUAGUAACAAGUGAUCACCAUAUACAAGAAAGUAUAAUUGAAACAGCCCUUGAAGUCUUAGAAGCAAUAGUGUUAGCUAAAAAUGACUCGGAGUUUUUGACUUCUCUGGUCAGUGUGGAUGAUAUUGUUCAUCACCUGUGGAGCAGGGACUCUCCUCAAACUCAGAGCAAUGUUUUAGCCUUACUAAAUGCAAUGACUCUAAAAAGCACUAGAUUGAAAAAUCAAAGAAUGCUGCUUCAAAAGAUGAAUUCAAAGCCAUUGAAAGAUACAAUAUACACAAACAUAAUUUCAACAAAUUCUCAAGUACCUGCCUACUUAUCUCAUGAAUUAUAUGUGUACCAAAGUCUUAUACUUACUCUUGAUAAACAACGUUACAGGAGGGUGGUAAAGAGUGAUUCAUUCUUGCCCGAUGUAGUUCCUUACCUGAAAUCAAACACUUUUGAGAAAACAGUAAAGAAAGAACUUGACGCAAACUUUUUCCCCUUGAAGACUGCAAACAGCAACGUUUCCUUGACAAAAGCCGAUUAUCAAGAUGAAGACAAUUACAGUUUAACGCCUUCUAUGUCCAGCAGUGUGUUGUACGCUUCCGAUGAUGACGAAGAAGUUGAUGACACAGUUUUUGUGCCUGAGGUCAAACGGAAUGGUUCCAAAAACGAUAAGUUAAUUUCUCAAUUGACUUUUGAUUGCGUGUUCUACUUUCACACGAAUCAUCAUGAUGAUUACAAAAUAGCUUUGUCAGACGACGGAAACAGUUAUACUCGAUAUUUGCAAACUUGUGAACAAAUAGUGCAACUUCUUUGCACGAAGGUUCUUCGAAUUGGAUAUAUUCCGGAGAGGGACGAAACUGCUUACUGUCCACUCGUCUUUCUAACUGCAUCUCCUUUCUUGGAGGAGCUCUUUUCAAAAACUGUUAACCUCAUGCAUAAAACCAAAAGGGAAAUGAAGGCGAAAAACGCAUCUGAUUUGGAAAAGGUAUUUCAAGUUCUUCAAAGGCAACUCUUGAAAGCGCUGGAGACCCAACCUGUCACCUUCGAUCAGUUAGAUUCUGUUUUGUCAACGCUGUCUUAUUGGGCAGUGAGGAAUCAGUGGCAAGAAGAGCAGGUUGAGAAAGAACGCAACACUCUAGCAAACUCUCCUGCAGUGAGGCAGCUGAAGGCAUCACUGGUGGGCGAGACUAAGGAAAUCAUCAAGAAACAAAGGUUACAGUUUGUAAAGACUGGGUCAGAGUUUCCAGUAUGGAAUGCUCAGAGAAAUCAGAGAGUGAGAAACAAGACAUGGUUUGCGUCCCUCACUACAAACGAGAAGGCCAUCCAGUAUUACGAGGUCGAAGGAGAAGUUAAUCAGCUGAUGAUGGAAGAUGUUAAAUCUAUCGUAACAGGCAGAAGAUGUCCCCACAUCAAACUAUCAAAAUCAAGAGUAACAAGUGGAGAACUAGCGUUUUCACUCAUAACCGAAGAAUCUUCUCUAGAUUUUAUAGCUCCAACUCAAGAAGUCUACGACCAUUGGACUGAUGCUAUUAACAGUUUGUUAGGGAAUGAAAUGAAGAGUAUCGGCAUGAAGAGAGACUUAAACUGUUUGAUAGAUAUGGAACUUCGGUUGCGUUUGUUGAACCUGGAUGGUAUUGACAUACCGGACGAAGCUCCCCCCAUCCCCCUCGACCCUCCCAGCUACGACUUUUGCAAUCCAUGAUUUAUACAUUCUAAAUCAGUCAUAGUUUAUAAGAGUUGUGCUUCAUUUUUUCAAACAAAGUUUAAAAUAUUUCUUAUAAAAA